AGUGGAUAGGUGAGGGAUUUCGAGCAGGAUGACUCCGUGCCAAUGAUGAGUGGCCUAAUGGUAGUCUCGGAUUAGGUGGGCACAUGCGAGUUGAAUCGACGAUGAAGGCCCUGGAACAGCGUAGCGCAAACAAGGAAAUUGAGAAAAGGCUAAAGCAAGAGAAACAGGAUGCAUCCCGAGAGCGCAAGCUACUUCUUUUAGGGACUACAGGGUCGGGGAAGUCCACUUUCCUGAAGCAAAUGCAGAUCAUUCAUCGUGGUGGCUACUCUGAAGAGGACAAGCAUGGCUUCAUCAAAAUCAUCUACCAGAACAUUUUCCUUGCCAUGCAGAUGAUAAUUAAGGCCAUGGAACUCAUGAAAAUCCCAUAUGAAAAUCCUAAGUUUCAGGAGAAAGCAGAACUUGUGAAAAGUGUAGAUCACAAGACAGUGACAACAUUUAAAGAGCCUCAUGUGAGUGCCAUUAAAGCCCUAUGGCAAGACUCAGGAAUCCAGAAAUGCUAUCAUCGCCGGAGGGAAUACCAGCAUGCUGACUCCACCAAAUACUUCCUGUCAGACAUAGAUCGAAUAGCAGGCCCCUCAUACCUCCCCACGGAUCAGGACAUCCUCAGAGUCAGGGUGCCAAAUACUGAGAUCACGGAGUGUGUCUUUGACUUCCUGGGUGUCAAGUUCAGGAUUGUGGAUGUUGGAGAGCAGCAAUCAGAACGGCGCAAGUGGAUAAAUUGCUUUGACUGUAUCUCAACUGUCAUCUUUUUUGUCUCCAUAUCUGAAUAUGAUCAGAUGCUCUCUGAACCUCCCAAUACGAAUCGGAUGGAAGAGAGCAAGGCCCUGUUCAGGGCAGUCACCAUGUAUAAGGGAUUUUUGCACUCUUGCUUCUUCCUCUUCCUCAACAAGACAGACUUGCUCAAGGAGAAAAUCAUGUUUUCACACCUUGUUGACUACUUCCCUGCAUAUAAUGGUCCUCAAAAUGACCCCGUAGCUGCCCAAGAAUUCAUCCUUCGAAUCUUUCAGGACCUAAAUACUGAUGCCAAGAUUAUUAUAUAUCCCCAUUUCACAUGUGCCACAGAUACGGAGAACAUCAGAGGUGCGUUUGAUCACGUGACGGACGUCAUACGUAGUUCUACCCUGACUUGCCCGUGCUGACCCUAGCAAAACAGAGGCACAGGCUUGGGAAAGGUAAAAGGAAAAAUCGUUGGAGAAAGCAGAAGUGGAGACCGCAAAGUAGUCGGCAUCCUCUUCCAUCCAGCUAGCUGAUAGUUUCCCUCGUACCUCUUUUCCAUUGCUUAAGACUUGCAUGACCCGUUUUUCUAUGUGCCACGCUGAGACCCAAGAGAAAACUUCCCGGCGAAAUAUCAUCGAUCGUCUGGCUCCGAUAGGGAAGGUAAACAGUGCUAGUAAAAUGUGUUCUCCCCGGAAGAGAGCUACACGCAUGAUAUCUGAAUUUUGUCCCACGAGUGUAGCACAUGGCUUCAGGCUCAAUACCGCCAGUAUGGAGAAUGCCUCUGCAUUCCUUUUCUUUAAAAACAUUUUAUUAGGGUGAAGAUGGUGAUGAUUGAAAGGGAUUUGUUGUGCUCCACGGUUCCCCCAUCGGAUUGGUUUUCCCCACGAUCUGUCCGAGAAAUGAAAUCCAACCCUGUGCAUGCUCUUAAUCGUCUUCGGCAUCGUACUAGCCUUCUCACUUUUUUCUUAGUGAGCUAGUAUCCUUCUGUGCCAAACUGCCACCGUAUUCGUUUCGUCUCGGAUCUCCUUCGAUUCUCUCGAUCGAAUUAGCUUGCAAAUGUCGGUACGUCGAGGGCAUCUCAGGCAGCCGAGGUCCUGACAUUUUGGUCUUUCGUUUCGGUUCUCUCCGUUCGUGUGACGAGCGGUCGUCCGGGCCCGGCCAGCAGCAUUAAAAGCGGUAAGAGACGCUCGAAUCGUCACCGGCGGAAUCCGAUAUCGUCACGAGAAAGGCAGAACCUUCCCUCUUCGGGAAGGCACGAGGACUCCCUUUCUCUGAAAACUUGAAAAGUCUUAAAACUUAGCUUUGUUUCAGCUCGCCAGAUGUCUUGGAAAAAAAUUAGAGAUGAUGAUGAGAAACCCUUACCUUCUGGUUCGCGAUCGGCGACAGCGUAGGGAUUAUUUUCACCCCCUUCCUGCAAGGAUUCAAGUUCGCGAGAGUGCUGCAACGGGCGUUUGUUUUAUGGUGGGUCAUCAUUUUUUUUAUAUUUCUUCCUUUCUACUUUUCGUGUUAACUUUUUUUUUCAUGUUUGCCUUUUUUUGUAUGUUUUUUUUUUUUACGUUUUCC